AUGGAUACAACUAUAACAAAUAAUGAUGAACAACAAUUUAUUCAAAUGUCUGCAUUAUCAUCUGAAAAAUAUUCAAAAAAAAAUCAUAAUGUUAAUAUAUGUGAAAUAACAAAUUUAAAUAAUAAUGAAGUUCAAAUAACAACUAUAUCUAAAAUAAAACAACGAAAUUUUUUUUUACAUUUAAUUUCAUGGCCUAUUCGAUUUUUUACAUCAUUACAUAUACCACAUUUUUCUGAUCGUAGUCUACGUAUAAUAUUUCUCUUAUUUAUUACAUUAAUUGGUAUAACUAGUUUUACAACCUCACUUAUUGUAGGUUCAAGUACAGUACAAUUUCAUCAACAAUGUCCAUUAUAUGCUUCAUUUAAAUUUAAAAGAUUAAGUACAACUACAAGUAAUUGGACAAUUCGAAUUAUACCGUCAUCUGAAAGAUUUAGUUCGCAAUCAACAUGUGAUUUUUGUACAUUUUAUAAUGUUUUUACAUUCAUUUAUUGUAUUAUGACGGGAUUUUUUUUCGUAUUAUUUAAUAGUGAUAAGAGAAUUGUUACAACAAAUGAUCGAUAUUUAAUCAUUCCAUGGAUUCUAAUAUCAGUUAUACUCGGUUUUUUGGCUCUAAUUAAUGCAUCUAUAUUAACAAAUGGUUUUUUAAAAUUUUGUUCAACUAUUAUAUCAAAUGAUAAUCAAAUAACAUCAUGUACUCAAUUAAAUCAAUUAUUUUUCGAACAAUAUCCAAAUGUUUCAUUAUUCUUUAUCUAUAUGCUUAUAGCUAUAAUUCAAUCAUGGUUUCAACUAGCAUUUUUUAUUGGUAUUAUUACUAUUCUUAUUAUUCGUCUUAGUUCAUUAUUCGACUUCAGUAGUAGUAGUAGUAGUAGAAUAAAAAAAAUCAAUGAAAACUCAAUUGGAACAAUAAUAUAA